UGACGUUAUGAAUAUAUACAUUUGUGGAUCCAGAUAGAGUUCCAUUUAUUUUGGCCCCUUGUUUGUAUCAAAAUUAAAAGUAUUAGGUAUAAAUUCAGAAAGAUGUUGGCCGUGGAACCAGAGCGUAGCCAGCGCCUUGUACCCCUCUCAUCGGAUCUGAUCGAGGACAUAAAGACCCAUGCAAAUGAGUAUCGAACACCUUCAGGGGAACUUCUAGAGAAGGAUAUAGAACGGCGCACCGUGAUGACACCCACAGUUUCAAAUACUUUCUUUUCCAAAUCCAAGCCGAGGCCACAAAAGAAGAAAGUAAAAAAGGAAAUUAGUGAAGAACUAGCCAAAGCCCUGGCCAAGUAUAAAGAAGGCACCAAAUCACUCCAUUUAAAUGACAAACUGACGCCGAGCUCUCUUCUGACCAGUAUGGAGACUUGCUUGGACAAUUUGGCGGAUGGCAUGCGCACCUUGCAGCCCUGGAUGCCCAUCCAAAUAGAACAAAAUGACCAGCUCAGAAAAGAACAGUCCUCCAAAUUCACAAUCACACUUUGCAGCCAGCCCAGUUCCGAUUUGAGCAUCCUUCCCAGUCCAGCAGCUAAGUCAGUGCAGAAUAAGAAGUCGGAGAAGGAGUUCUACUAUGGCAUGCAGAUGCACCUGGUCAACAUGCUCGUCUUGCCCAAAUCUCGCACCUCAUUGUUUUUAAACCAGCGAAGGGAAAUUAACUCCUAUUUGGUCGGCUAUGGUGAUCGUUGGCGGCAUGAGUACACGGAUGAGGACUGGAAGCGGGAUUUCAAAGCGGCUGCCUUCCUGAAUGGUUCCUCCAUGGAUCGGCGCCCCAAGAAUGUGCGUCGUCGGUGAAAGUGAAAGAUCUCUUUAUUUGCCGCGAAGCGAGUUGAGAAAUAGUGGCUGUCAUGUGGCGUGGGGAUCGGGGUCUGGAAUUUUUCGGGAAAAGCUUUUAGCUGGGACAUCUUGUCUGCGUUGAGGGCUAAAACAAAAGCCGUGUUUUUAACGGCUCCGUUUUCCCCCAUUGCUAUUGAUCGUAUCAAAUGUCGUGUGAGCUUUCUUUUGUGGCAUCUCUCUGGAAAGAUGGUAGCGGGUUCAAUCCCAGUUCUAAUCCGGUUGGUUCUUUGUCAAAUUAGCUCUAUCGAAACGAGUUUCAUUCACCAAAAGAACGAUUUCAGCAAUAUUACUUAAACUCUAAUGGCAAAAUUAUUACAAAAUUUAAUA